GAGUUUUUCUACCAUGCAGAUUUGUUUGUAAAACAGCUUAUUGCAUAAUAAUAAUUUAAAGCUUUCUAGUUAUUAAAAAGCUGAUAAAAAUGAUGGACGGAAUGGAUGAUAGUCCAGACUUGCUGGCAGAUGGAGGAGAAAGAAAUGGUCAAAGAUCUGUCAGUGUUGACUUGACAGAUAACUCUCUGCUAGUAGAUAUCUCUGAUGCUUUAAGUGAAAAAGAUAAAGUAAAAUUUACCGUUCACACCAAGACAACGAUGAAAGAAUUUAAGGGCAAUGAAUUUUCUGUUGUACGUCAACAUGAAGAGUUUGUAUGGUUGCACGAUUCAUACGUUGAUGAUGAGCGUUAUGCAGGUUUACUGAUUCCCCCCUCUCCUUUGCGACCCGAUUUUGAGGCUUCGCGUGACAAACUUGCAAAGCUAAGUGAAGGAGAAGGCUCAAUGACUAAAGAAGAAUUUUCCAGGAUGAAGCAAGAACUAGAAGCAGAAUAUCUUGCGAUCUUCAAGAAAACAGUAGCAAUGCAUGAAAUCUUUUUGUGCCGUCUUGCCUCCCAUCCUACACUUAAAAACAGCCACAACUUUCGGGUGUUCCUUGAAUAUGAAAAAGAAUUAAAUGUUCGUGGAAAGAACAAGAAAGAAAAAAUCACUGGAUUUUUUAAAAACAUUACCAAGACAGCAGAUGAGACACUACUUCUCUCGGGUCAAAAAGACAGUGACGAGUUUUUUGAGCAUGAGAAAUCUUUCAUGAGUGAAUACCACAUCAGAAUCAAGGAUGCAACAUUAAAAAUUGACAAAGUUACAAUUACACACAAAAAAUGUGCGAAUGACUAUUCUCAUAUUGCCAUGGCACUGCAGUCCUUAGCUACAGUUGAGAACUCAAUUGCAAUGAGUCAUAAAAAAGGACUAGACAGGAGCUUGCUAAAGGUCCAUGAAUCACUUGAGAAAGUCCGGAAACUUGAGGCAAGGGCAGCUUCAGAUGUGGAUUUGAAGCUUGCCGAUCUUCUAAGAUAUUACUUCCGUGAUACACAAGCAUGUAAGGACCUUCUAUACCGACGAGCUCGUACACUGGCCAAUUAUGAAAAUGCAAACAAAGAGCUUGACAAAGCUAGGUCAAGGGGAAAGAAUGUACCACAGGCCGAAGCUCAGCAAAAGACUGCGAGGGAGAAAUUUGAAGUCUUGUCUGAGGUUGGUAAGCAGGAACUGACAGAGUUCAAAGGUCGCAGGGUCACGGCCUUCCGUAAAAAUUUAAUUGAGCUUGGGGAGCUUCAACUCAAACAUUCCAAGGCUAUGGUUCAAGUUCUAAAAGGCUGCAUAUCAACGAUUGAGCAAAUUUGAUUAAGCUGUAAGGAGAUACAAGCUUACAUCACCUAUUAUCUCUCUCUUUCUCUCCCCUCUCUAUAUAUAUAUAUAUAUAUUCGCAAUUCAUUUUUGAUCAUCAAUAUUCCUUAUACUAACCCUUAUAUAAUGUCAUUGGUUUUUUCCAAUUUACUGAUGCAAUUCCUGUGGCAAAUUUAUAACGACAAAAAGUACCAAUUGAUCUAUCUAGUGUUGCACCAAUAGAUAACCAUUUCCUCUAAAUUGAAUGGUGCCUCCACAGUAAUUUUUUGCCUUUAUGAUUAGUUUCAAAGAUGAAUAGAAAUGGGUUCUAUUUUGUUUAACUCUGUUCUACAAUUUGUUUCAUGAAGAGGUUUGUAUAUCGCCCUACUUCACCAGUUUUGUCUUUAUAUGCCUAACUGAUUGCUACAAUUUUAUUACUAUUAUUCUUGUGUCGUGAUUGUACUACAUGAUUAAAACCUAUGAAUUAUGCCAAAAUGUAUAUCGCUGGAAAGAAGUCGUUUAACUUUGACUUUUUAAUUUUGAUGUGCAAUAUGGUAUUGUUUUCUGUAACCCAGAGGUUUGGUUGAAUAGUUUCCGGAAUGUAAAACGUCAUAUUUCGCGAUGAGAAUACUUUGAUUAUUAUUAAAUGCGUAAUAAACUAUAAACACAUUCACAUGCAA